GUUAUUUGGCAAUCAGUGUUUUUAGCAUUUUGUGUAAAAUUUCGUUAAUUGGAGUAAAAACAUAAAAAAAUAUAGUGGAAGAAAGUUAAAUUUAGAAAAAUGCCUUACGCUAAUCAACCUUCUGUAACCAUUACCGAAUUAACAGAUGAUAAUGUCAAAUUUGUUUUAGAAGAUACCGAGCUAAGCGUGGCCAAUAGUUUACGGCGUGUUUUUAUAGCUGAGACACCAACAUUGGCCAUCGAUUGGGUACAGUUGGAAGCCAAUUCAACAGUGUUGUCUGACGAAUUUCUGGCUCACCGUAUUGGAUUAAUACCUUUAAUAUCGGAUGAAGUUGUAGAGCGCUUGCAGUAUACUAGAGAUUGUAUUUGUUUGGAUUUCUGUCCCGAGUGCAGUGUAGAGUUUACUUUGGAUGUCAAGUGUACCGAAGAUCAGACGCGACAUGUUACAACAGCCGAUUUGAAAUCAAGCAAUCCAAAAGUUUUACCCGUAACUUCCCGGCAUCAAAAUGACGAAGACAAUGAGUAUGGCGAGAGUACAGAUGAAAUUUUAAUAAUCAAAUUGCGUAAAGGACAAGAAUUGAAAUUGCGUGCUUAUGCGAAAAAGGGGUUUGGUAAAGAACAUGCCAAAUGGAAUCCCACAGCAGGUGUUUGCUUCGAAUAUGACCCCGAUAACUCUAUGCGUCACACUUUGUAUCCCAAACCCGAUGAAUGGCCUAAAAGUGAACAUACCGAAUUGGAUGAUGAUCAGUACGAGGCUCCUUAUAAUUGGGAGGCCAAACCCAAUAAAUUUUUCUAUAAUGUAGAAUCGGCUGGAGCUCUUAAGCCAGAAAAUAUCGUUAUAAUGGGUGUGCAGGUUUUAAAGAAUAAGUUAUCAAAUCUACAAACUCAACUCAGUCAUGAGAAUCAAAAUGAUGCUUUAGCUGUUUAAGAAAUAACAAACUUAAUUAUGUAUUUUCACAAAUAAACUAUUAUUUUCCAUUUUAAUAUAAAA